AUGACGAAUACGCUGGCCGACAAUGCAUCAGACAGGCGCCCAAAAGUGGCAAUUAUUGGCGCUGGGCCGGGAGGUUUGACUUUGGCUCGAUUACUUCACCUAGCAAAUGUCCCCUUCACUGUUUUCGAAAGCGACAGAUCAUGCGAGUCUCGUCGUAUGACUGGGGGUGUUCUCGACCUUCAUCCACAGACCGGACAACAAGCCAUCCGUGAAGCGGGUCUCUGGGAUACAUAUCAGAAGCAUGCCUCGUACGAAGCUGAGGAAUUGGUCAUUACCGACCAUACAAACCAAGUUUUCUAUAAUACGAACGGAGCCAGCAGAGGAAGACCUGAGAUUGAUAGGCCAGUUCUACGCGACAUUCUGCUACAUUCUGUACCCGAUGACCGAGUCCGUUGGAACCAUCAUCUCAAGCGGGUUUAUGUGGACGGAACGCUGCAUUUCACCGAUACCGUCGAGAAAGGCUUUGACCUGGUUGUCGGCGCUGACGGUGCUUGGUCCAAGGUCCGUCAGGGCCUAAGCACAAUCCAGCCAUUCUAUUCUGGAUCUGUCUGCCUAGAGCUCAGGAUUUCUCGACCCGACAGUAUCGAUCCUGAAAUGAACGACAUGCUUGGACAUGGCUCAUAUCUUUCUUACGGGGGUGAUGACACCGUACUUCAUGCACAACGCCAGGGAGACGGUUCUGUUCGUAUCUACGCUUUCAUGCGCCGACCCGAAUCGUGGUUGAAAGGUUGCGCUGUUGAUCUAUCCGAUCGGGAGGCAGUCAAGGAGCUUCUUCUCAAGGAAUACGAGCAUUGGUGUCCCGAACUGAAACGUCUUAUUAUCAAUUGCAAUGAAACCAUUGUCAACAGGCCGUUAUACAUGUUGCCGGUCGGUAUUCGUUGGCCGCACAAGAAGCAUUUUACUUUGUUGGGAGAUGCUGCCCAUGUCAUGACCCCAUUUGCAGGCGAAGGUGUUAAUACUGCGAUGUAUGAUGCCCUGCAGUUAGCUCAUGCGAUUAUCGACUCCCAAGGCGCCUUGGAUGACGCGGUUGUGAAUUACGAACAGAAACCGUUUGAGCGGGCCACGAAAGUGCAGCAAGUCACCUGGGAGGAGCUGCUCAACACGUUCGAGCAGGAUGCUGGACGACGCCUGGCAGAAAGAUAUGACUAUCUAGUUACUUUGGCCGAUGAAUAA